GGGCCGCGCCGCGACCUGCGCCACAGCCCGGCCGUACCGGGACGAGCCGGGUGGUGCUCCCCGGCCCCGCUCCCCGCGGGGCAGGAUGGCUUCGGUUCAAAGGGAGGCGCUGUCUCAAGAGGAGCUCCGGAAAAGACUGUAUCAGACUUUUAAGAGCCGAGGCGUGCUGGACACACUUAAGACACAGCUCCGAAACCAGCUCAUCCAUGAACUAAUGCACCCAGUUUUGAGCGGAGAACUUCAGCCACAGACAGUUCCAAGCGAUGACAGUUCACUUUUGAUCACAGCUUCCAACAGUCUGGUGGCAGAUCAUCUACAGAGAUGUGGCUAUGAGUAUUCGCUUUCAGUUUUCUUUCCAGAAAGUGGAUUGGAGAAGAAGAAGCUGUGGACUAUGCAAGACAUUCUUCACUUAAUGAGGAUCAGUCCAAAGUCCAGUCUUUACGAAUCACUGACUUCAGGAACCCAGAAGGAAAAUAAAGGUUUUCUUAUGCAGAUUUUAAUUGGACUUACAGAGCAUCAUCUAAAUAAGGAAACUCAUAACACAGAAACUCAGACAACCUCAGUGCCUCCUUAUAGAGAAUCUCUUGCUGAGAAGCUUCAGCUGAUUGAUGAGCAGUUUGCAGACUCUUAUCCCCAGCAUCAGAAAUACGAAUCUUUAGAAGUAAAACUUCAUGAAUAUAGAAAAGAAAUAGAGAAGCAGCUUCAAGCAGAAAUGCAUCAAAAGCUGGAACAUUUUAAAGAAGUUGAAGUAGCAAAGAUUAAAAUGGAGGAGAAAGUGCAGACCCAGAAAGAAAUCUCUGAGCUGCGUCACGAGUUAGAGAAGACACAUCAAGCAAAGUCUGAAGCCUUGAUUUCUCGUGAAAAGAAUGCUAUUGAGAGACUUCAAAAGCAACAAGAGAUAGAAGCAAAGGAAGUGUAUUCUCAGAGACAAAGUCUGCUGAAAGAUAUCGAAGCCGUAAGAACCAGGGAGGCAGAACUGAAGGAACGGAUGGAGGCAUUUGAACUCACUCAGAAACUUCAGGAAGAGAAAAAUAAAGCUAUUGAUGAUGCACUUCGGCGUCGAGAGGUUGCUGUGAAGAACAUAGAGGAAACAUAUGACCAGAGGCUGAAGACAGAACUCUUAAAAUACCAGCUUGAAUUAAAAGAAGAAUACAUAGCCAGAACCAAUAAAGUUACUGAAGAUGAGAAAAAAAAUAAAGAGAAAGCCAUGCUUUUGCAUGAAGAAGCCAUUGCUGUUAAUUCGAAAAAGGAGGAACUCAAGCAAGCUGUAUCACGCACGAAAGAGCUUGAGCUGGAUUUGGAGUCAGUGAAGGCUCAGGUUCUGUUGGCAAAUAAACAGAAUCAGUUGUUGACAGAGAAACUGAAAGAGUUAUCAGACUAUCCUUUGCUAAAGGAGGAGAAAUUGGAGCUCCAAGUGCAGAAUAAACUACUUAGGCAACAGUUGGAUGAGGCUCGCAGUGAGAACCAGCAUCUCCGAGACAAGCUGUCCCAGCCCUCGGCAGAGUACUUGGCCUGCCAAGUGGAGCUGAGGAGAGUAGAGCACUCUAGGAAGCUGGUGCUGGAUGAAUUUGAGAGUCGUAAGCAGAUUUUGGAAAAGCAGCUACAAAGUAAGGUUGAGCGUUGUGCCCAGCUAGAGACCCAACUGUUAGAGUCCGAAGCUACUGUCAGAAAAUUAAACAUGCAGGUUGAAGAACUGAAACUGCAAGUGAAACAAACACAGGCAGCUCUGGAAAAUGAAGUGUAUCGGAACCCAAAACCUUCGCUUGUCGAUCGCUCUGUCCUUGACUUCACCGGUGACAGAGCUGUACCCCAUGAUAUUUACGUGGAUAGUGCAUUCCUGAAGAAUCGUGUUAUGACUGAUGUGAUGCAGGUAAAUGCUGUGCCAAGAGACAGCCAGCAGUUACAGCCACGCAGUGCUUCCCCGGAUUCUGACCUGGAGUACAUCACGCAAACCUGGGCUAGAGUAAAAGAGCUAUCAAAAGAGGCAGAGUACUUGGAAGAAGCUUACAGGAAUUACCAACACAGAGUCAUACAGAAUGCAGCUGCAAGCAGAACACCAAGAAAGAUGGAGUCUCCUUUAGUUCUACAGCAUGCUCUUAGUGGACCCCCUUUGACUACCCAGCAUGAACUUGUAGAGGAUAAUCCCAGCUUCCCACAUUCCCUUCUGAGCAGUCCAAGAGGUGAAGAACACGUCAAAAGAACUGGGCAGGCUGAUAUCUUUAAAAAUCCCUUAACACCACCACAGAGAGGAGCAUCAUCGUCAAGACGCCUUUCAUCUACUCCCAUUUCCAAAUCCAUGAGAGAUCUCAGUAACAAGAAAAUUCCAGAUGACAUGAAGAGCUCAUCCCUUACCUCUUCACAGCAGAGUGUUGACCAGGUGCUUUCUCCUAUUUCAAAGCCAUAUCUGCUUUCAUCCUCUGAGUCUAUUCCUUCCUCACCAUCCAGUCAUGCCCAGAAAAUCAGACUUCAGAGUCAACAAACAGAUAAACAAGAUCUCAGUGAUAUCCACAAACCUAAGAAACUAACGUAUGAGGACCUUGAAGAACACAUUUAUUCCCUUGAAGAUCAGGGGGACGUGCCAGAGGAGUGUGAAAGUGAUGCGUUGCUUCCAUCUGGGGACAUUGUUAAUGGAAACUGUGUCACAGCUCCUGUGCCAGCAACAGCCACUUCACUGCAAGAUUUAAAGAUGCUGGAUCAAAGACAGAUUGAAGAACAGAACAGAGAAGUUGAGGAAAACUUAGAAGAAAGGACAGCAAGAGAAGAAAGGAGAGAGAGAGAACAACAGGAAGCUUUGGAAAGCGAGCAAGAAGUGGAAAAGCUUAAUAAAGAGGUGUAUAUCCAGGACUCGAUGACAAUAGAUGAAGAAAAAGAAGAUAAGGAGGGAGUAAAAUCUGUGAAUAGCAAUUCUGGUGCUGAAGAUCAUGUAAGGGAUCCUCCUCCAAAUCCAUUAGAAAAAUACAUGAGAAUAAUUCAGCAAAGCAGAGAGCAGGAUCUGCCAAACAAGGAUUCAAAAAAAGAAGAAAUAGGAGAAGUAUCACAUUCAGAGGGACUUCUAUCUAGUGAAAAGGAUGACAGUGUUGCAAACAUUUCUCAUGGAGACAUGGAUGAAAGCUUCUGGUGAACAACAGCUACUGAUUUUUUAAUUUUAAUUAUUAUGAUAAGAAAGAUGUUGUUAAAGCAGCUUUUUGCCUGUAAAAGGUUGUAAUAAAUGUUAAGCACUAACAUUGCAGGCUGUGUAAUUAUAAAUUAAUAAAGCUGAUUUUGAGCCUUCUCA